AUGGCGGACGAACAAGGAGUCUUCUAUCUUGAACGUAUCCUUUUUGUGUGCCUCUGUACUCUCCUCCACUAUUUCCCCAUCUAGAAUUAUGAUGAAGACUCGAAUAUGUUGUAAAGUAGGCGUAUUUGUAAUUGGCGUGAAGCAGUACGACAAUAAUGUCAAUUUUAACUGUCGUAAACUUUCAACGUUUAGGUGGCAUGAUGAUGUGUGUGAAGCUCAAACACUAGUGAACUGUUAUCAAACUGUGUUCAUACUGCACGGAAUCAGCUUUUGAGUGGCUCGCCUUCAAACGGUCAUUGCUACUGUCAAAGAAGUCAAGUAAAUUUGCCUAGCCUUUAUUUGUAGUUUGGAUGGGGUAUUUCAGUAGGAAAACACUGAAACUAUCGGUAGUUCUUGUGGUUGUAAUCUUAAACGUUUAACUUUAUCUUGUAACUUGUAUUCAAUUUGAAAACACUGAAACAAUUAUUUUGAUGUUGUAAUCUUUAACGUUUUUUAAUCAGAGGUGACAGUAGCGGAAGACAGUGAUGACGAGUUUGCUUAUGAAGAGGUAGCGCUUGUGGUUUAAAGUUUUUUUCCAGCCGUUUCAAAUAAUAUGGUUGAUAUAUUCUUUUACAGCAGAGAUCUUCAUCUCUUAUUUAGUACUCAUCUCAACUGUGCUGAUUAUUGACAAAUUGAACCUCAGAAAAUUAUUGCCUCAUUUUUUAUUAUUCUAGGUUCCAUUGGAAGACGAGUAUUCUGUAGUAGGUAAACAUAUGAAAAAAUUAAGUGCACUUCUUAAUAUGUUCUCAGUGAUCACCUGCUAAAAGUGCGAACUUGAAGUCAUUUUUUGAAAAAAAAAAACUUGAAAAGCCCUAUUGAUAUCUGUUGAGGUGUACAUCCUACAGGGGAGCUGGGAGAAUUCUCAACCUACGACAUAGAAUUUUCUUGCAAGAUUUUAAAAGCCUAUUAAGCUAUUUUUUAUGCAGACAUACUGAGCUACAUGUAGCUGUAUGGGGCUCUUUUAUCAUGGAAGACAUUAUUCAUUUAUUUGGAUGCAGUAAAACUUUAAGUUCUUCGUCUUGUUAUUAAGAGGAGAUUUGAGGCCAGAAAAACAAAUUUACUUGAAUAUGAUAGAGAAGAAAUUAGGCUUUUCAGUAAUUUAAGAGAUCUCUGCAUGUAGCCUAUUAUGUUGUUACUUACCCUGUAACUAUCUCCUUCUGCUGCAUUUGUUUAUUAAAAUCCUUAGUAUUUAAUUUGCCUGUUCUGGCGACUUUGCUUCUCUGAACAGAUGGAGAUGAGGAUUUGGAAACAGCUUUUACAACAGUGCAAGAAAAGACUAGUGAUGAAUUGUUAGCAGUAUGUUGUGAGCUACUUGUAAAUUGUGAAUUAUUGUAUGGGAUUGCCCAGUAUUGGUGCAUGUGAAAAAAGGUCUCUCAUGAGAUACUUUUUAAGACAGUGCACAAAAGAUAGAGUAACCACGAGUUAAAGGGAAAAGAUGUUUUCUUGUAUCCUGUAAAGAUAUAUAUUCAGCAAAUGUGCAGGCAUUAAAGUACAUGUACACAUGCUAAAGUUUUGUAACUGAAUGAAAAACAACAUAACUCUUGUAUAUGAUUUAAUUGACAGCAAAAGACUGAGCCAGUGAAAGCCACAGUUACAACAGUAAGUAGCAUUAAUUUAUGUUAACUAAUUACUAGAACUUUCCCAUUUUAGAGAGGGCAAAUACUACUUUCAUUGUAUAAUUAAUUCUUAUUUUUUUGGCUUAUUACCAGAGACCAGAGAUUGUGGAAGAUUUUGUGAGAAAUUUUCUUGUUAAAAUGGGAAUGACAAGAACACUAGAUUGUUUUCAGACUGAGUGGUGAGCUGAAUUUUUAUACAAGGACAAAUUUAUCAAUAAUCUUAGUUUAGAAUUGGUUUUUGAUUAUUGCCUCCUUUUUAAAAUGUGCUAGGGAAUUUAAAUCUUCAGUUAUGACACUGAGUGGUAAGCUGAAUAUUUAUACAAGGACAGAUUCAUCAGUAAAUUCUUAGUUUAGAAUUGGUUUUUAAUUUUUGACUUUUUUAAAAAAUAUGCUUGGGAAUGUAAAUUGUGGGUAGAGACAUUGAGUGGUAAGCUGAAUAUUUAUACAAGGAUAGAUUCAUUAGUAAGCGUAGUUUAAAAUUGGUUUUUUGUUAUUGCUUCUUUUCAAAAAUAUGCUUGGGUAUGUAAAUCUUUGGUUGUGACACUGAGUGGUGAGCUGAAUAUUUGUACAAGGACAGAUUCAUCAGUAAUCUUAGUUUAAAAUUGGUUUUUUGACUAUUACCUCUUUUCAAAAAUAUGUUUGGUUAUUUAAAUCUUUGGUUGUGACACUUUUAGGUAUGAGUUAUUGCAAAAAGGAUUACUUAAUGAAGAGGAUGUGAGAGUCGUACCAGACAUUUAUGUGAAGUAAGUUUGUGUAAAUGCUUUGAUCACAAGGAGUGACUAAUAUCUUACUUCUCCUUACAACAUCAACCCUGAAUCAAUCAAUAAGGUUACAUGAAUAAAGGAAAUGAUAAUUAACUAAAGAAGCUUUUGAUAGUCAAAAAAAUUCUCCCUGUCAGCACCUUUGCAGAUGUAUUUAGAAAGGUAUGGAGAAUUUGCAUGUUGAUGUUAGUGGGUAAAGGUUUCAUGUUAAUGUCCUCUGAUCAGUCCACCCUUUAAUAUCAUAUGUUCUAAAAUUUACCGUUUGUUUGCAGCAUGCAAAAUUUAUAAAUCAAUCUAUUUAGGAUUAAUUCAUGCAUCAGAGCACUUUCUUAAAGCAUAUGGUUGUACAGUACUUCUCCUUUGAAUCUUUAACAAAUGGGAUACACAUAUUGUGCAACACAGUGAAGUUGUUACAAAUGACAUGUACACAAUAAUAACAUAACCGAAAAAUUUUUGCGGUAUUUAUUUUUGUAGAAACCAGCAGUUGGAUGACAUGGUGGCUACUCUCCGUCAAGAAGUAAAUAAAUUCAAGGAAGCUGCUGAGUAAGUAAACUCCCCCCAGCUUCCUAAAUAAAUGUUGUUCAACAGGGCAUUCUCUUUGUUGAAAAUUAUCAGACAGGUUUGCAUAAGAAACUUUUACCUACUUAUUUCCUAACCCCUCUUUUUACUUGGCAGAAAGGCAAAGCAGGCAUUUGUCAGGUUGAAAAAAGAAAGAGAUUUUCAUCGCAUGCACCACAAGAGAGUUGUUCAAGAGAAGAACAGGCUUAUUACUGAUAUUAAAAGGUACCUAAUUACAUGUACUUGUUUAAACUGACAUAAAAGUAGCUUGUAUGUAUAUUGCUGAACGUUGCAGUCAGACAUGAGACACAUGCAGGUGGAUUGCUAUUUGUCAGCUCUGCACUAAUUCCCCAAGAAAAAUAUUAAAGGAAUAAAAACAUUUAAAGCAACUUUUGUUACUUUCAAUUUACCAAAACAAUGACAUCUUGGUAGAAAGCUUUGAAAGAAAACAAAAUAAUGGAAAGAAAAACAGAAUUUUCUUUAACUUAAAGUUAAUCAAUUGCAGGUAUUCUGUUGAUUAAUUGCUUUGAUUUGAACUAUGCUUUUGUGGUUAUUUUAAACUCUGUGAGACAAUUAGAUCCAACCACUUAAAAGCACAGUGCUAGGCUGUGAUUUUGGCUGCCUCGUAAAUGUUGUAACAACUGUACUUAGGCAUAAGUCUGACAGCUUUGUUGCACUGCUAACAUGAUUUAUGAAAAUAUCUCAAGCCAGUCACUUCUGAUUUUUCUGAUAAGUUUGCAAUUUUCAGUAAUGUAACAAUACUAUUCAGCACUGUAACAAUGCUGUUCAGUACUGUAACAAUGCUGUUUUGUGUCUUAGACUGAAGAAGCACUAUUCCUCCUAUGAGCCCACCCUUCAGACUCUGAAACACAAAUAUGAGGUACUGUAAUUGUACUAUUAAUAAUAAUUAAUAAUUAUAUUUAAGCUUUUAUCAAUAUUUGAGUUCAAUUUUGAAAAGACUUUACAAGUUGAUUCCUCAUUUAGAAUUGAACAGCUUUCAAAUACAGUGAUUUCCUUUUCCUUUUUAAAAAAAUGUAUCUGUUUAUUUUUAAUUUCCUGCAGGUGGCCAUGAAGGAGAAAAUGUUGACCAAACUUGAAAGAGACAGAGCAGUUGGACAGGUCAGUUGUGACAUUGUUUUUUUUGUCUCAUAUAGCAGUGUCAAUAUCCUCAUGUGCAUUGUCAUCAGUUUAUAAAACUCUUUUGUAACGUGAUUUUCCCAAUCCUCUUUUUUUCUUUUAGAUGACUGGGCUUCAGACAACUCUUCAUCAAGUUGGAGGGAACCAAUCAGAGCUCACUCAAGGUUUGUAACAUUAAAAAUGAAAGCAUAAUUUACUAAUCUGUCACGAAGGGGUUCUUGUCUCAAGAAACUGUGCUUGCACCUUGUGCAAAACAGAACAAGAACAAAACAAGCUGGAAAAACAACACUUAAAACAAGAACAAAAAAAAAAAAACAGCUCUUGACAAAGAACUGCACACUGGAUGUACAAGGAUAGUACCAUUGUAUGAGAACUCACCCAUCACCGUUGUGGCCUGGGUUCGAUUUUCAGACCCACACAACAUAACAGUAACUUGAAGAUUGUGUGAAACUUUGUUAUCAGUUCACCUCCUUGCUACAGGUUUCUUUUUUUUUUUUUUCUCAGUUCUUUGGUUUUGUACACUGGCUAUUUAAACAAACCCUCCAACUUCAAAUUUGAGUAAGAAACACUGGACAACGAGUUACCCAUGGAAGUGCUAAUGCUAAAAUCUAAAUUUUUUUAUUUUAAUCUUGUUUUGUUCAACUGAAGGUGGAGAGGUUCAGAAAAAAGUGUCACAGUAUCGCCCUUCAGCUGGACGCAGAGAUGAAGCUGAUCCUCAUCUGAUGGUUCAAAGUAAACAUCCAAAGGUAUAUUUUCACUAAAACAGGACCCUUUUUUCGGAGUUAGACACAAUUAGAUAAUGAUAAAUACUUUAUGAAAGGCUCAACAACAUUAAAAUUAGCAGACCAUAAAAAAUCGAGACGAUGGGACUGUACAUGUAUAGUAUGUCAACAUAAACAAGAGAGCUGUUUCAGAGUCUCGUUUACUGCUAGUGAGAUAAUGCAGACCUGUAUGGUCUUGGGUCUUAUGACUCCCUGAUCCUGUAAUUAGUAAAUCCCUAUGGAUUAUGUUUAUAUACUCACGAAAGUUUGUGUGGAUGUGUUGAGUUGGAUCAGACGGUAAUAAUUAUCUUUCAGAGAAUAUUCUCUUGUUCUUUAGCAGUUGACUAAAUAAAUUUUCUUCCUGAUGUUCGCGUCACCUUACAGAGCUACUGUAUGUGCCUUUACAAUGAAAAUUGACGUAAAAAUUUCAUACUGCAAGGUACAAAAUGUAAUUCUUGUUUAACUUCAGGAUUCAGAAUUCCCUGCUGACAGUCGAGUCAAUCCUCAGCUUGCACAUCACAGGGGCCCGUCUGCGCAUUUGACUCGUUCAGGUGGCUUUAGAUUGACGCACACCAUCAGUGCUCAUAACCUACCAGUCAGCGGGUAAGAACUGUCUCAUGGCAAUAUGUAAUCUACUGCCGAAAGUGUUCCGGGGUGGAAUAGUUUUUCUUUGCUCUGCUCUGUGGUUGGUCAAGAAAAGUCUUACGCCAUCGUCUUAACCAAUCAGAUGCAAAAUUGUGAGGUAGCGGAAGACUAGCAUUACCACGACGAAGGGAACCACCUUCCGUCAAGCACGCCUAUCGCGUGCUCAUCUCGUUAACUUGGUUUUAUAGUAGAGGGACCAGUGAUUUUGUCACUCAAGGCUGCUCCUCUUAAUGCUUCUUCAGUGAUCCUCAACCGAAAGCAGCCUUGAUAUCGUUCCUCGUCUGCAGUAUUAGAAUUCUUAUGUUAAAAUUUCUGGUUUCAAUCCUUGACACAUCUUUUGGUUCCUUUUUACAGACUUGCUCUGCAUCCUAGAAAACAAGUGUUGGCCACAGUCAGUGAUGACUGGAGCUGGAAGAUGUGGGGUGUGCCAAGGUGAACUGCCUUUUCGGGCAUCAUCAAUUUUGUAAUUUUUUUGUCGUCGAAAAUGGAAUUCUGUGAGCAGUUCUUCUUAAAAGUACAGAGUCGAUGGUACUGCGCUGAAAAUAAACGAAUACUCAGUCGGGUUGCAAACGCGUCGACCCAAAGAAAACCAAUACACUUUUAUGUCAACGCAUUAGCCACUGCGUUUGCGGACAACUGUUUGCGUAUGCGGACAACUUCGAUUCAUAGGCACAUGAAGCUUGUAUAAAGCGAUGUUUAUUUACGUGUACUGUAAGACGAAAUUAUCUUUUAAACUCUUCGAAUAACAAUGACCCUGUUUCAGAGGUUUUCGUUCUCUCUAAAGAGUUCGGAUUCCCUCACGGUUUUGGAGAAUCCUUUAGAAUUUUCAUCGCUCUCAAAAUAUGUCUUCGUAGUACAGUCGGUGGUAGCGCCAAUUAGUAUGUGGUUGUCGGACCCGGAAUUUUCUUGGGCUUUUUUUUGUGCAAUUCCAUGAACCACAGCUCACUUGGAAGGGUCGUUUGUUCUCUUAAAUGUUAUCCACCGUUAAAAAAUGUUAUUUGUUUUAUUCAAUUUUGAAAUGUUGUUUCAGUGGUGACAUCAUUAUGACAGGUGAAGGACACAAGGAUUGGCUCUCCGACUGUGACUUUCACCCCGGGUAUGACCCGACAAUUCAGUUAUUUAUCUUUUUAUUUCUUAUUUCCACGUUUAACAUUUAUUUUGAGUUGGAAUUUCGUUGUUAACCAAGUAAAUGGAGUGUGAUAGAAGCUGCCUGAAGAAAAAAAGCAAUGUUAAAUGAUGAUACUACUUUGACAGGCGAUAUAGAAAAUGAUAGGUACUGGACGUGCCUCUACUUUGAAGCAUAAAAAAUUUGUUGAGUGUUUCGUGGGAGAACAAGUGGCCUAAUGGUCGGUGCGCUGAACUCUGGGUUUAGGGGUCUGGGUUCGAAACUUGGCCGGUCAAUGUAAACACUUUACUUUCACAGUAAAAACUUCUUAGCUCGCGCUCACGUAAAUGCACUUGCGCUGCGCAUGCACUGCUGGCCGUAUAACCAGUCCCCUUUUCAUGAGCCGUGUUGUCUUUGCAGGGGCGCUCGUCUAGCCACUUCAUCCGGUGAUGGGACAGUUAAGAUCUGGGAUUUUUCCAAAGCGGAAUGUGUGCUGACCUUCACUGACCACACCCAUGCGGUGUGGGGCUGUUCCUGGCACUCGUGUGGUGAUUUUCUGGCUUCGUGUUCCAUGGAUAACACCUCUAAAGUCUGGGAUGUCAACAGGUAAUUUCUGAUUCCUCUGACUUACGCUGCGACAUAGUAAUUAUCGUACAGUUUAAGCAUUCAAUAUGGAAAUAGAUUUUGUGGCAAGACUAAUGAUAAUAGCUGCAAAACUAAGGGUUUAGGCGAAAAAACUAUCUUGGCUGAUUGGAAGUACUUCACGCAAACUUCAAAAUGGGGGCUUGAGAAGCAAUUCGCAAAGGUUGAUUAAACUAAGGCUUACAAUCAAGAUAUAGACGUACCCUAACCCUUUAACUCCCAAGAUCUCAUUACUGUCUGCCGAACGAUUCUCAUUAUAUUAGUUAGAAGAAUUUGGUAUCGAAUCAGUUAGUAAUCCCACAUUUGAAAUUUCUCUUAUUCUCAUCGCUUGUCUGUAUGAUAUUGUGUAGAUAUAGUUAGGAGAAAUUCUGUUUUGGUCACACAUGGGAGUUAGAGGGUUAAAGUGAUUUUUGAGAAAAGUUUUGCUUGACAGAAAGUCAAAUUUUUUUUUCCUUGUCACAGUGAGCGCUGCCGACACACUUUGCGCGGUCACGCUGACUCUGUAAAUAGUAUAGUGUUCCUUCCAUACUCUAACACGUUGCUGACCUGCUCUGCUGAUAAAACGCUCUCUUUGUGGGACGCCAGAACGGUAAGGAAAACUCUUUGUUUAUAUUUAUUUAUGAACAAGUAACACGCAAAGGCAACUUAAAGAUCAGGCUUACAUGCAGGUUCGUUCCUCCGGUAGGCGAGCGGAGUUACCCAACUCGACACGGUAGAAUUUGUAAGAAGUUCGCGAUGUAUUCGUGAAGCAAUGAUGGUGAGAGCUAUAAUUUGCACCGUUGUUUGCGAUCUUUCGCUUUCAAAACUCCCGCACGCCUCCUAACCAGUUAUUGUCGGAGCGUGAAGAAUUUCUGCCAUUGCUCAAAGAACGUAGCAGUUCGGCCAAACAAUAUCUCUCUGUUCUCUUAACUGACCGGUUUAAUUUUAAGGGACAUGAAGUUCUUGCUAGCUAACUGAAUUCUUGCAAUGUACUUCAUUUAAAUGAUUAUUCAGUUGACGUUGCCCAGCACCUUAAACUUUUCACGGAAAGUUCAUGACGUGGCUUGCUUUCCUUAGGGACUCUGCGCUCAGACGUUUUACGGACACAUGCAUUCCUGCAAUCACGUGGUGUUUAAUCUGAAGGUAAGCGGAUACAGAUUGAUUGUAUUUCUAUGCCUUAUACGGUUGGUAUUUUCAUCAGAUAAUUAGGGUUACCAGAGACAUUUUACUGAACUCUAUCAAAUCUUAAAGUUCUUUAACCCAAAGGACUAAAACCGCAACCAUACUAAACCACAAGCCUUCCCCUAUCCCCUGCGUACUUUCCUCGAUUUCUUUUUCAAGACUGUAGGUGAUAGUUUUCUGCAACGUUUUAUUUUGCAAAUUUUAAGAUAGUCCACAGAUAGGUAUAGCCGCAAAACUCCAACGCCGCACGGCACGAUCUGUUGUUCUAAGCGGACAACUGUAAGAGGGUAAUUGUUCUUGUUUUGCGCUAUUACAAAACCGAAGUGAGUAACAUCUGAUAAAAUUACGGGAAUAGUUUUGGACCUGGUUGUUCAAAGGGUGGAUAAAAUUAUCCACUCGAUAAAUCAUCAAACCAGUGGAUAACGCAGUGGUUUUUGUUAACAAAUACGCGAGGUAGUGAUUUAUCCGUCGGAUAAAGUUUUCCGCCAUUUGAACGAGUUGAAAAAAAAAUUACAUUGUUGUUGCCAGGUUCCCGAUAGGUUUAUUGAUGGAUUCUUUGUGGAAAAAGAGAAAAAAAAAAUACAAACAGACCAAAAACUUACACACAAACAAAUAUACAAAUUGUAUAUUCUCCCAGGAUUAGGUUGUGUAAUAAUUAAACCCCAUUUUUGAACGCUUCUCAGGGUGAUACCGUUGCCUCGUGUGAUGCAUAUGGUGUUGUAAAAAUGUGGGACGUGCGAACUGUGGCCUGCAUGAAAACUGUAGAUCUCGGGCCGCACCCGGCCAACCGCCUAGACUUUGACCCUAGUGGCACAGUCCUUGGAGUCGCAAGUAAUGAUGGGACGGUCAAGAUGAUUGAAGUGGCGACAGGCCAGGCUCCUGAGCUCACUGCGCAUGAGGAUGCAGUACAAAGUGUAUUGUUUGACCGUGUAGGAGAGUUCUUGGUUAGCGGUGGAUCAGACGGAACUGUACGAAUAUGGUCGUAGAACGAACAUCGAAAAUCAACUUGUAACUACUGUAUAUAACUUUCGAUAGUAGCUGAUAAUAACUUUGAGAUAUCUGCACUUAAGAGGACUGUUUCCUUUGUAAGCGGCUAACAGUAAAUUGUUGUCAUGUUUACAGCACGUUGAAAUAAAAACCACGCCUAGUUUAGUGAACUUGAUUUCAAAGGUGAUGUGAUUAAAAACACGACAGGCUAUCAAGGGCGAUAUAUCUUUAUGUUGUUGUUGUGUUGCACGGAGUUUUUUUAAAAUAAAUAUAUUGGUUUAUUGCGUACGAGUCCUGUUGACAAGGUUUGUAAUCAUAAACAUAAUUUACAUCAGAAAAGCUGAG